AGAUGAGGGAGGCAGUAGUCAGUAGCAGUGAGAAGUUGAGGGGCAGUGGAUGGAUGGCUGGGAGGGGACACACUGUGUAUGUGUGUGACCUGUGACCCGCAGUAAUCUGCUGCAGGAAUGACAGGCAUUCAGCCGAGCAGGAACACAGGAGCCCCGGCUACAUCGGACCGCCGACAUACUGCACGGCUCUCAGCAGCAUCACGAGAAAGGAAAUGAACCCAUGGGAUUGUUUUUGCUGGUAAUGCACGGCCAAGGGAGCAUGAGAGACGCCGGACUGUAAUACAAAGGGCCCCUCUUGGAGCUGGAGCGAUGGGCCAGACCUCCGUAUCCACUCUGUCUGGGCAGGCGAGCAGCGUUGAUGGGUUGGACAAAGCUUCCAUUGCAAACUGUGAUGCACCAAACUCAGGCAAUCAAUCACCUCCCUUGAAGAGGAAAGGAAGGCUCUCCUCUAUAGGCAAGAUUUUCAAGCCCUGGAAAUGGAGAAAGAAGAAGGCCAGUGAGAAAUUCCGGGAAACGUCGGCAGUGUUAGAACGCAAGAUUUCCAUGAGACAGAGCCGAGACGAGCUUAUAAGAAAAGGAGUUCUCAAGGAAAUACCAGACCAUGAUGGUGAAGCACCAAUAAGCAUGGGAACAUCAAAUGGUCAUACAGUGCCAAUUAGUGAGGAGCCAAGAAAAGAACAGAAGCCCGCAGCAGGAAAUGGAGCAAUAGCCUCAAAAACAUCUGUCUCGGAAGAAAAAUCUGAAGACAAGAAAGAGUCAACUGAAAAGACUGUAGGAGUGCCUGAGUCAAAAACAAAAAAAGCUGUCACAACUUCCAAAAUUUCUGCUGCUUCUGCUGGACCAAGCCAUAGGAAAGAUGAGCCUUCCAGCAAAAAACCUGCCAAAAGCAUUUCCAAACAGCUGUCUGCUCCGGCACUUAAGAUAACAGGUCGAGCAGGCACACAAGAGAGUAAUGUCUCUUCAAGUACCCGAAAAACAGCUGCCACUAAGACGUCUUCUUCCACACUGGCAUCAACUUCUUCCAGGCCAAAAGCUUCAAAAGAGCAGUUAUCCAGCAAAACUGGGAACUCUACCACUCCAAGAGCCAAAAAAUUGCCCAGCAAAUCUUUAUCUGUGGAUCAGCCUAUGUUGUCGCAUACUAGUGCUACAGGCCUAAAAAAACGGGACAGGACUGAGCAGGCUACUCAGCAGAUGGACUCUGAGAAACAAGAGACUGGUCCCACAGAAAAUACCCCCACAGAACAGCAGCAAAAGUCCACUUCUCCUGCUGUAAAGCAUCAUUUAAAAUUUCAGUGCAAUAUAUCUAAUGCACCGCAAGAGGAAAGUCAACACGAUGACUCUGCCACUGUUAGUGAAAGUGUACAGUCAGCAGAAAACAGAAGUGACAGCCAAACUAGCUUAGAAAUAACUGGCGUGGAUGAAGAAAAUACUGAAAGUGAGUUUCCUUUGGAAAGUCAGGAAGACACCUCAAGCCUUAAAAGCCAGGAGACAACAGAUGAACCUUCUGACACUUCAGUCAUUCCAGAUGGAGAUAGUGAAGGCAAAGAGAACCAAACGAGUGAUUCUGACUCAGAUGGACCCAUCCUGUACACAGAUGAUGAUGAUGACGAUGAUGAUGACGGCACAGAAAGUAAAUUAGCAAGUAAAAUCCGCCGUAGAGAUACGCUUGCUAUAAAACUUGGAAACAGACCAUCUAAGAAAGACCUAGAAGACAAGAAUAUUUUGCCUCGUAAUUCUGAAGAAGAGCGUCAGGAGAUGUGGCAGCAGAUUGGAACAAAGCUAGUGAGGAGACUUAGUCAAAGGCCCACCUGUGAAGAGCUGGAGCAAAGAAAUAUCUUAAAACAAAAAAAUGAAGAAGAGGAGCAGGAAGCAAGAAGAGAACUGAAGCGAAGGCUUACUCGCAAGCUCAGCCUGAGGCCCUCAGUGGCUGAACUGCAGGCCAGGCGUAUCUUGUGCUUCAAUGAAUAUGUAGAGGUUACAGAUUCUCUGGACUAUGACCGCCGAGCUGAUAAACCCUGGGCAAGGUUAACUCCUGCUGAUAAGGCUGCCAUUCGAAAAGAACUUAAUGAAUUUAAAAGCACAGAAAUGGAAGUACAUGAAGAAAGUCGACAGUUUACAAGAUUUCACCGUCCGUAAUGGAAAAACAGCAAGUUAUCCUGGGAGUUCAUAUUCAGGAAAUGGGAAUCUUCCCAUAAAUUAACACUGUACUGAACCUUCUCAGCAUGGGCACAUUUAUGGAGCUUAAAUGAAUACCAUGAAGGAA